AUGGCCACUCAAGUGAUGGGCGAAGCCCUCCACGCGCUGCUUCGGCGAGCGGCGGAAGACACAGAUCCCGAUGAUGCUCCUGAAGCAGGCUCCAAGGAGAUUACAAGCUCCUGGGCGCUGUUUAUUAUGAUUAUGUUGUUGAUGUUUGCCCUGUUCACGAGUUACAUCCUCCAACAGAGGAAGAUCCAAGCUGUCCACGAAACAGUACUAUCGAUUUUUGCGGGGAUGUUCGUCGGGCUAAUCAUCCGCCUCUCCUCCAAGUCCAAUCUCCAGGACAGUGUCGCCUUCGACUACCAAUUUUUCUUUAACCUCCUCCUCCCUCCUAUUAUCCUCGCUUCCGGAUACGAGCUCCAUCAAGCGAAUUUCUUCCGGCAUAUCGGUACAAUCCUUACCUUUGCGUUCGCCGGUACUUUUAUCUCGGCCAUCGUCCUCGGCCUCGUAUUGUUCCUCUGGACACGGAUCCCGCUGGACGGGCUCAACAUCUCCUUUGUCGAGGCGAUUUCUGUCGGUGCGACACUAUCCGCUACCGACCCUGUUACUAUUCUCGCUAUCUUCAACCUUUACAAGGUCGAGCCGAAACUUUAUACGGUGAUCUUUGGAGAGGCGCUUCUGAACGAUGCUAUUGCUAUUGUGCUUUUCGAGACUGCGCAGAAGUACGCGGAGAGUGAGGCUGGCUCGUUGACUUUCUUGAAUCUUUUUGAGGCUAUUGGUCUCUUCUUGCUUGUCUUCUUUGGUAGCAUGUUGGUUGGUAUUGUGGUUGGUAUUGCUACUGCGCUGGGACUUAAGUACACUUUGGUUCGGCGGAUGCCGAAGAUUGAGAGUUGUCUGAUUGUCCUGAUUGCCUAUGCCAGUUACUUCUUUUCCAAUGGCGUGCACUUGUCAGGCAUCGUGUCCCUCUUGUUCUGUGGUAUCACUUUGAAGCACUACGCCUACUAUAACAUGUCUCGCCGAACACAGUUGACCACGAAAUACCUGUUCCAGGUGAUGGCCCAGUUGUCGGAGAACUUUAUCUUCAUCUACCUCGGACUGGACCUGUUUGUUGAGUCGAACCUCCAUUUCAACCCGCUCUUUAUUCUAGUGUCGGUAUUUGGAAUCUGCCUUGCUCGCUACCUUGCUGUGUUCCCACUUUCAAAGGCGAUCAAUUGGUUCAUUCGCUAUCGGGCCCGGCGUCGGGGUAUGGAAGUUGCCGAUGAAUUGCCCUUCGCCUAUCAGGCGAUGCUCUUCUGGGCCGGUCUGCGUGGUGCUGUUGGUGUCGCACUGGCAGCUGGUCUUUCUGGCGUUAAUGCGCCAACUUUGCGUGCCACAGUUCUCGUCGUUGUCGUGUUGACCGUCAUUAUCUUCGGAGGCACGACUGCACGCAUGUUGGAAAUCUUGGGUAUUCGCACCGGAGUCGUUGAGGAGAUUGAUUCAGACGACGAAUUUGACAUUGAGGUCACCCACGGUGGUACCUACUACAAGCGCUCCGACACUGCGCUGGGAUACACGCCCCGGCGCGCCGAGUCCGGCAUCCCUCUCGAUGGUGUCAAUCAACCAACGCGCGCUGGUCUUGAUCGGGCAGACAGUUACUCGACCGGCAGCAACCGUCGCCCCAGCCCACCCCAGGGUCAUACCCGGAUGUACUCGGCGGCCUACAGCCCCAAGGACGCGCAGUCCCGACGCGAUCGCUCAUCGACCGCAACCCUCCUUAACGGCGGUCCCGGCCCAAGUAGCCGAAGCAUCAGCAGCGGUGGCAGUGAUGACGAAUUCGGCCUCCCGCCCGCAGGCAAGAACGCCGCCAAAGUCGCCCACCCCGACGAGUUCGACCUCGACCUGGACGCUCUAUCAGACGACGACCUCCCACCCGCCGCAGGAAGCGCAUCGCGCCUCCGCCGCGCGUCCUCCCACCCCUCACCGGGCGCCACGCCCUCACCCAACCCAAUCUCAGCCAGCGUCUCCCCCGCCCGGCAGCCGCCAGGCCUUAGCGCUCGCGAGGCCUUACGUGACCUCUGGCAGGGCGGUGCCUCGGGCGAUCACGCUGCCUGGUUCCGACAACUUGACGAAGACUACAUCAAGCCGAAGCUACUACUUGAUCAGUCGAAUCACAAGGGACCCGGUGCGGUCUGA